AUGCGUCCUACCACCUUCCUUUUCGCCCUGCUGGCUGCUGUCGUUGCCGCGUCCCCUCGUCGGCAGCACCGUCAUUGGGGGCACCCUCACGGGGAGCAUCCUCAUAGGCAGCCCAUCACCAGCAUCCCGAAGGCAACGCGAACUACCACCCGAACCAUUACUACAGGCACCGUAACCGCGUCGACUGUUACGACCAUAACCUCUACGAGUCUGCCCGUCAUCACGAGCUGCGCCAUCCCUCCGAUCCCCGUCCGCAAGCGCGAUAACUACCAGCGUACCCCUCAUGCGUGCUGGACGACCUCGACUGUCUACGCUCACCACACAACCAUAGUCUGGCGCACGUCUACUGUCACGAAAACGGUUCCCGCAACCACAACUACCACGACCUCGACGGUCACUAGCACCGCUACUACGAAUGUCCUCGACACCUUUGUCGGCCCCUUCUAUAUCCAAGGCCCCGGUGCCGGCCUUGGAUUCCGGCUAUCAUCAGCUCCAACAUCAGACGGGAACUUCGCUCUCGUCGGGCUCACACCUCCCGAAGAUGGAACUGAAUUUACUCUCCUUGCGGGCGCUCUCACCGGCACAACCGUCAUCUCCCCCUCGGGGCGAAGCGAAGAUCCCACCUUGCAACAGCUCUAUACCGACCAAAGCUAUGCCGCGACCCUAGACUACCAGCCAGACUAUUUGUUUGGCUUCACCGCCGCCAAUGUUCCCGCAAAUGGUAGUGCAACCGCCCUGUCGUGCACCAUCUCGCAGAACCCAGACGGAUCGUGCCCAUUGUCAUGCACGGGCGAUGGCAACCAGUUCUUCUACUGCAAUGGAUAUGACUAUGCGUCAUUCGGCAGCGGCACGACUUGCCCCACUGGCGAUGGCACGUACAUACCGUUUACUGCGUAUGCUGUCUCGGAUGUCACGGGUGAGAUUUAAUGCGUGACACCUUGUAAGGGAGGAUGGAGGGGGCUACCAUUCAGGAAGGAGGUUCGGAGAGGGUAGGCUAUUCCAACAUCACAUUGCGCGCUCCAUAUCAUGUUGUAUUGAACAAGGAGCGACAAGAGUGAAGCGUUACAAAAACGCCCAGCCCCAAUCUACGCAAG